AUCCCUUGCAGGUGUUCUGCCUAAUAGAAAGCGAGGUGAAGUAGCAACAAGCCUACACAACCAGGACAAUAUCUACUUACAAUUAUUGCGGUGCUUCUCCAAACGCUGAUAGAUAAUGGGCUAGGAAGGGCUCGCUGGAAGAAAGAUGACCAGAUCGAAGUUUAUAGGAAGUGCUGGAGCUAUUGGCUUAUUUUGUUUGAUGAUCAUACCGAAUGUGGGAAUUCUGAUCGCAACAUUUCUUUAUCCCAAAGUACUUGGGUUCUACUUUCUGAUUCCGUACUACGCAUACAACUUGUCCAUUGGCAAACACGAAGCUCGAGACGGCAACGGCUGGAAUUGGUUCAGCGAGAAUUUCUUUGUCUUUAACAUUGUGAGGGGAUAUCUAAAUCUUAAGAUUGAAGCUGACUCCGAGCUCAAGGAAGCCGAAGCGAAAGAAGGCGCCCAAUUUGUGUUCGCCGUUAGCCCUCACGGAACGAACGCAGACUAUCGAGUUUUUAUUGACGGUAUGCUACAUGAGGCACUCCCACAGACUGCAAGCAAGAUCAGAACACUAGCGGCGACAGUACUGUUCCACAUUCCCUUGGUUCGUGAAAUCGCACUUUGGACAGGAUGUGUCGAUGCCAGCCGCGCAGUUGCUGUCGAGAGAUUAAAAGAAGAAGGUGGUUCACUGCUUGUGAUUCCCGGUGGCCAAGCAGAACAAAUGUACACCCAAUAUGGACGUGAAAGAGUAUAUCUGAAACGGCGCAAAGGAUUUUUGAAGCUUUGCUUGAAGUACGAGAUUCCGGUCGUCCCAGCUUAUGUUUUUGGCGUAUCUGACUAUUACUUCACGUCCGCAAAGCUCUUUGGUCUGCGAAUGUGGCUCGUUCAGAAUCUUGGCAUUGCUCUUCCACUGUGCUGGGGAAGAUAUGGUCUACCAAUCUGUCCUAGACCAGUCGAUACCACCCUUGUCUUUGACAAACCUUUAUACCUAUCCUGCCAGAAUCCGUCGAAUCCCUCGGAAGACGAGGUUGACAAGGCUCAUCUGCAAUUUUGCCAAGCCCUCGAGAAGCUGUUUGAUACACACAAAGAGAGGCUUGGGUACGGCGAUCGAAAGCUGGAAAUAAUUUAGCAUAGUAACAAGACGUAAAGCUGUCC